UGGCUGCUGCGAAGACCGAAAACGGCUGCUUGUACAUUCUGUACGCCACAAUUUUGAUGGUUAUUCUGGGAGCUGAGUUAGCCGCUUUGAUCCUGGGGAUCUUAUACAAGGAAGAGUGGAUCAUACGCCUGAGAAAUUCAUUGGAGAGCCAGAUUUCCACACGGUUUGACGGCAAACUGGACUCACCGGACAUCGUCACAGCCGCCAUUAACAAAAUCCACCAAGAGUUUGAUUGUUGUGGAGUACACAACUACAGUGACUUCGAUAUGGCUACCAAAUGGAAUAGGACGACGGCUAUGGGAGACGAAAUGCAGAUACCGCCAUCUUGUUGUUCUAACUACAAGGCAAACAAAACUUGCGUCACCAUGCCCACGCCACAAAACUCUUACAUCGAUACGGGUUGUUGGUCGUCGAUUGAGAGCCUCAUGGAGCAGUACACGUUGAUAAUGAUUAUCAUAGCCGCAAUCACGUUCAUUUUGGAGGUUUUCUUGAUCGUAUUCAGUAUGUGCCUCGUUGGGAAAAUCCGGUCUGGUUACAGCUUAGAAAAAUGAUGAGGGUUGUGUUAAGUUUAGAACUGCUGGUACACGUUUCCGGGGCUGUUAUUUUGUGGCCUGAUGACGACGACUUGAGAGUUCUAAAGAAGGGAGACAACGAUUUUGUGUCCUGAUGACGACGACUAGAGACUUCUAAAGAAAGGAGACAACAAUGGGCGACAGUUCUGCGUUUAGCAAACAGUUAGUA